CGAUCGUGAUCCGCAUGCUGAUCGUGUCAGUCCAUCUGGCAUAAUAAAUUCAGUCAAAUCCAGUGACUUGCCCGUUGUCCGAGCUAAUCUUCCAGAGAUCCCGACCGUUUUUAUGGGAAUAAGAAAUCGUAAAAAAAGAAACCAUUUAAAUGAGCUAGACCACAGUGUGUCACCGUCGUUGUCCCGACUCCAUUCUCCAGGGUAUAAAUAGAGGAGAACUGCGUAGAUGAGCUGCCAGAACUGGAAGUUAUUCGAAAUAGAAGCAGCAUGAGAGCCCGAGCCUCCCUUUUGACGAUCCUCAGUCUGCUGAUCAUAGGCUGUCUGGAUUGGAGUAGUGCUCUGUUCUUUAAAAAGUCCUGGAAGUCUGCAAAUGGAUAUGGAGUACGAAACUAUGGAAAUACUGGCUAUGGAAACUAUGGUUAUGGAAACAACGGCUAUGGGAACUAUGGUUAUGGAAACUAUGCUGGAGGCUAUGGCUAUAAUUACCCAUCUUAUCCAGCAUAUUCCUCAUCCUACUCAUACCCACCUUAUUCAGGAAGACGAAUGCCCUCUGGAAAUAGGCAAGGACGCACCUACUCGGACAUAGCGAGGGUCAUAAAUCCCGCCCCAUAUAUCGGUCCUGGAGGCAGUCGAUUCCUGCCUCGCACUCCCUUUUCCCCGCUCUGGGGUUGAAGUUUUCCAUACCUAAGAUCGUGUAUUCAGCAGUAUUAACCAUUAAAAUAAAACCAGCGAAAGUUACAGGCUUAA